GCGCUGAGGGGCGGAGGCGGCGGCGGAUCCGCGUUGUCGGCGCACGGCGGGGCCGGUCCGUCCCUAACCGGUCGGUCCGUCCCCCAAAGCGCCCCCCCGGCCGCGGCCAUGCUGCCCGGGGCCCGAGCGCUGCGGGCGGCGGGGCUGCUCCGCCCGCCCGGGGCCGCUCCAAGCACCGGGGCCGCCCUCAGGGCGCGCUGCGGGCCGGGACUGCGUCCGGUGAGGCGCGGCUUCGCGCUGCCCGCGGGGCCCGACCUGCGGCACUUCCUGAGGGCAGCUGCCGCGGGGCAGCCGGGGCCGUCGCCGGAGCUGCCGCCUGAGCCGGGCUCUAUCCCCGGGGCCCCGAAAGUGUACCUGGAGACCUAUGGCUGCCAGAUGAACGUCAGUGACACCGAGAUUGUCUGGGCCAUCCUGCAGAAGAAUGGCUAUGCCAGGACAAAGGAGCUGAAUGAGGCAGAUGUGAUUCUUCUUGUCACCUGUUCUGUGAGGGAGAAGGCAGAGCAGGCCAUCUGGAAGCGUCUGCAGCACCUCAAGGCGCUGAAGGGCCGGCGGCGCCAGGCUCGUGCUCCGCUGCGCGUCGGGAUCCUGGGAUGCAUGGCCGAGAGGCUUAAGGAGGAGAUUCUGCACAGGGAGAAGCUGGUCGAUGUCGUGGCAGGCCCUGAUGCCUACCGUGACCUUCCCCGGCUGCUGGCAGUGGCAGAGUCUGGCCAGCAAGCUGCCAAUGUCCUGCUGUCCCUAGAUGAGACCUAUGCUGACAUUCUGCCUGUCCAGACUAGUGCAGGUGGCACAACAGCAUUUGUGUCCAUCAUGCGGGGCUGCGACAACAUGUGCAGUUACUGCAUCGUGCCCUUCACCCGAGGCCGGGAAAGGAGCCGCCCCAUCGCCUCCAUCCUGCGGGAGGUGAAGAUGCUCUCGGAUCAGGGAGUGAAAGAAGUGACCCUCUUGGGUCAGAAUGUCAACAGCUUUCGAGACCUGUCUGAGGUGCAGUUUCAGUCAGUGGCUGCCCCGGGCCUCAGCCGUGGCUUUAGCACAGUCUACAAAGCCAAACCAGGAGGUUUGCGCUUCUCGCACCUGCUGGACCAGGUCUCUAGGAUUGAUCCAGAAAUGAGGAUCCGUUUCACCUCCCCACACCCCAAGGAUUUUCCUGAUGAGGUUCUGCAGCUCAUCCAGGAGCGACACAACAUCUGCAAACAGCUGCACCUCCCAGCCCAGAGUGGGAGCACACGAGUCCUGGAGGCCAUGCGGCGAGGAUACACAAGAGAAGCGUAUUUAGAGCUCGUGCACCACGUGCGUGACUCUAUUCCAGGGGUGAGCUUGAGCAGUGAUUUCAUUGCUGGGUUCUGUGGAGAGACAGAGGAGGAUCACCUGCAGACGGUGUCCUUGCUGCGGGAAGUCCGCUACAACGUCGGCUUCCUGUUUGCCUACAGCAUGAGACAGAAGACGCGGGCGCAUCACCGGCUGCAGGACGAUGUCCCCACGGAUGUGAAGAAGCGGCGGCUGGAGCAGCUCAUUGCCACCUUCCGGGAGGAGGCUGCCAGGGCCAACGCAGCACUGGUGGGACAGGCCCAGCUGGUGCUGGUGGAAGGGCCCAGCAAACGCUCUGCCUCGGAGCUGUGUGGGAGGAACGACGGCAACAUCAAGGUGAUCUUCCCCGAUGCUGAGCUGGAGGAUGCUGCCGAGUGUGGGGCUCCAGGCAGAGCCCAGCCUGGGGACUACGUGAUGGUGAAGGUAACCUCUGCCAGCUCGCAGACCCUGCGGGGAGUUCCGCUCUGCCGGACCACCCUGUCCCGUGCUGCUGCUUCUCACUGAGGGAUCCCUGCUGCCCUGGAUGGAAGCAGCACAUGUUCUCCAUGAAGAAACAAGGAAGUGUGGUUACGUGGAGAGAUAUGGUAGAACCAGGGAGAUAUAUAUAUGUAUAUUAAAAUUUAUUUAUGAAAUAAUAAAAUACAUAUAUAUUUCUG